UGUUUCCAUUACAGUGGUGAUGGUACACUGUGUGCGUUCAACGUUCGGAGAAGACGUUUUGAUCUCCAGUCUGAACAUGUCAACAGUGAGCUUCUAUGUGCAAAUAUUGUAAAGAAAGGACAGAAGGUUGUCUGCGGUGCCAGCGACGGCGCUUUGAAUAUCUUCAACUGGAACGAGUUUGGUAACAUCAGUGAUCGGUUCCCCGGUCACUCCUCCUCCAUAGAUUGCUGCGUACCUGUCACAGAGAAUAUCAUCUGUACAGGAUGUAUAGAUGGAACCAUCAGGGCAGUACACAUGCUACCGAAUCGUUUCUUAGGAAUUGUUGGAGAACACGAGGAACUCCCAGUGGAGAGCAUGACAGUUUCCUUCGACUCAAAGUACCUUGCGUCCUGUGCGCUCGAGGACAAGAUCAGAUUCUGGGGCGUGGAACAUUUACAGAAAACAAACGUCGAUCCCAGAGGCAAGGCAGGAAAGAACGACGCCUCAAAGAGACUUACAGGAUCGGGAAAGGAGGACAAUUUCUUUGCUGAUUUAUGACAAAAGCAAAGUAGUUUUACUUUGCAAGGACACUAUCAAAUGUGAUUUGACGAAAAACAGUACAACGUGUUACUCUUUCUGCGAGUGGAGGUCCUUUUUAUGACUGCCAGAUUUGUUUUUAAUUAGGUCUCUCUAUUUCUAAGGAUCAUAUUGUAGGGAGUAAUGCCAUACUCCUAUAUUAUGAAAAUCUUAGGGGGUGUUGCAAGAAAAUAUUUGCAAUCAAUUGCAAAUUUCAGUAGCAAAUUUAUAAGUGAUAGAUCGAUUUUAAUUAAAGUCAAUUUAUUCUUGUUGAAGCAGACCAGUGAUGAAUAGCAAAUUGGCAAUCAAUUGCUAGACUUACGAUUGAUUUGGGGACCUAGAAUUGACUUGCAAUUGAUUGCAAUUUUCUUGCAUGUGACCACUGUUGACAAUAUGGUGGCAGAUUUCUCUUUUUGCUUUCUUAGCUGCAAUUUCCAUUGCCUGUAACAGUACUUUAAAGUGUAGAAUUCCAUGUUCUUGAUCACAUUGCAAAAACCAUCAUGUUAACUUUGCCAUCCAAUGGUAACUUCCAUGGUUAUGGCUAAUCAAAAUCGAUGAUUCCAUUGAAGUUGCAAUUAUUGUAACUUUUGUGCAACGGGAUCCUGAUCUUUCUUCUUGUUGAUUGUUUUCCUGUGUUUUGAUUUGACAUUCAUGACUAAGAUAUUUUUCUGUGUAAAAAUCAUGCGUAACUCAUUAUGUUGUGCAUAACCUCAUAUUGUGCUUCGAAAGAAAAACAAUCCCCUUUUCUGUCAAAAAUACUAUUUUUCCCCUUCAUUGCUAUUAUUGGAGUUCGGAACUACUGUCAUACACUGAAGAGGAAACGGGAUAAACAUGAGACAUAAAAUUCACAGGUUUGUAAAGUUGCAUCACUCAACACACAACUUUCCGACACCCCUCUAUCUACGCCACAAAGAUAUAAAUACUCAGUACAACACAAUAUAUGUUGUAAUUUUUUGUGAAAUUCACCACUUUUAUUAUGAAAAACGGAAAUGAAUUGCUGUGUUGUUUACAAGUACAUUUCAUGAUAAAUGUUUACUCUACAUCGGAGUACAUGAUUAUAAACAGUGAGUUUUAUUAAAUUUUUUACGUGAUAAUUGUACUCUGUGAAAAACUACAAAAAAUUCAUGCUUGCUUGCAAGUGAAGGCCAUUGAAGCAUAUAAUAGCUUGACUUUUUAUGUAUGGAAAAUCAAAAUGUUUGGUUGGCAAAUAGUCUGAUCUCAUUUCUUAUCCAAGCAUAUCCCAAGUUUCAAGUUUUUGUAGAAAUUUUGCAUAAAGAUAAAGAACAUACAAAAGGAUUGAUUUGUAGAACAGAAAAUUGCCAGACUUUGAUAAUUUGAGCGAUUUGAAUAUGCAUUGAAAUAUUUAUUAUAACUGUAUAAUUUGGCAGUAUGAUGAAUAAUGUGAUGUAUGAAUUUUCAUAUCUGUGAUUUUAUUCUGAUGUAUGAUUUUAAUACAUUAUUACCAAUACAAAGUAAAAAUUGUAUGUGUGAUCUAUUAUCAAAGUGUAGUGCAUUUACAAGUUAUGCAGUUUUUGUUGUGCCUACAUUUUUCAUGCAAUUUCAAUUAAUCUUUAAAAAAAUGAAACCCUUAAUUGAUUCCCUUUUUUGUUUCUGUUUAUGGUAACUCCCGUAGGAACUCGGCAGAAUAGCUUUUUGCUGGUAAACGCCAAGCUGGUAUAUAACCAAUUACCUAUAGGAAACAUUUUACCUCUAGUUUAAUCGGUCAUAGUGGCUGACCUUUUAGAUGACAGAUAUUACUCUCGGGCCUUUUUUUUAUCAAAGUGGAGACAAUGGCAGAGUGGCGAUUUCGAACUCACAACCUUGCGAUUAUGAGCCCAAUGCUCUAACCACUGGACCACACGACCCGUGUGGGAAUGAGUGGGUUGUCAAUCUGAUUAGGUAACCCCUGGUGAAAAGAAAAAGGGGAAUUGGACAAGAAAAUGAAAAACUUGCUGGUCUACAUUGCAUUAAUCGCCUGGGAAAUG